GGCGCCGGCUUGGCCGCCCGCCAUCUUGGCCUCUGUGUGGAGGCGGCUCGCGCGGCGGCAGCGGCCUCAUCGAGUCCCGCAGCCGGGUACAGGCCAGAGCGCCGGCCUCGGACGCUGCGCGCCAGAUUGGUUUUGAAGGGUGAGCAGGAGGUACCAGACUCGAUGAGUUUCCAUCGAAAUGUCGGAAAAGUCAAGCCAGAGCACAAAAGCAAAGGAUGGAAAAACAAAAUAUGCAACACUCAGUCUAUUUAAUACUUACAAGGGAAAGUCAUUGGAAACACAGAAAACCACAGUUGCCACGCGCCAUGGAUUACAGAGUCUUGGAAAAGUUGCCAUUUCACGGAGGAUGCCUCCCCCUGCUAACCUCCCGAGUCUCAAAGCAGAGAACAAAGGCAAUGAUCCUAAUGUAAUCAUUGUGCCUAAAGAUGGCACAGGAUGGGCUUCUAAACAAGAACAGCAUGAGGAAGAAAAACAACCAGAAGUGCCGCAGACACAGCCAAAACCUGUAGUUCCCGCUCCUCCAGAAGUAGCUCCUGUUGCCAAAUCAUGGGCCAGUACCAAGCCAGGUGGGCAAGGCGAUGGUCCAAGUGUCCCAGUAAACAGUUAUUUUCAGCAAGAGUUUCCCAGUCUGCAGGCAGCUGGGGAUCAGGAAAAGUCAGGAAAAGAGAAAGAUGCACCUGAAGAACCCUAUGGACCUGGACCCAGUUUACGGCCACAAAGUUCCUUCCAUGCAGAUGUUGCUAGUUGGAGAGAAGGUGGAGUUAAGAAUCUCAACACCCCAAAUUCUCCAACUGAUCAAGAAGUUAAGCCUCUUGGCCAAGAAGAUGGUAGUGCAACAGAACCAGCAGAACAGAAUGAUGUCCCCAAGGCAGCAGAAAAAAGGGAUAUUCGGGUAGCACAGCCACCUCAGCCCAAACUGAAUGGUCAGCAACAACCUGCUGUCUCUUCCCAGUACAAAGCAAUGAUGCCACCCUAUAUGUUUAAUCAAUAUCCUAGAAUGGCAUAUCCUGCAAUGCAGGGUCCCAGCAGGUUCCCUACUUCAUCUGAGGCUAGCAGAGGCCCGCGGGGAAGAGGGCCCUCUUGGUGCUCAGAACCUGUCGAGCGUCCGUCCAUCCUUAGUGCUAGUGAACUCAAGGAACUUGAUAAAUUUGAUAAUCUGGAUGCUGAGGCUGAUGAAGGCUGGGCUGGUGCUCAGAGUGAGGUAGAUUACACCGAGCAGUUGAACUUCAGUGAUGAUGAUGAGCAAGGAAGUAAUCAGAAAGAUAAAAGGGAAAGCAGUGAUGAACAAAUGCCUUCAAAAGACUCUGAGAGCCCUGAUGGACAGAGAGAAGCAGAAGAACGGUCUAGCAGUAAAUCCUGUACCCAGGCUCCUCCACAGUCACCAGGAGCCAGAGGUCCCUAUGGCAAAAGCACUCAGUUUGACCAGGAGCGGGGUCUGACACCAGCACAGUCUUCUGUACAUGAGAGGGGCAGUUCUGCACUUCAUCCAAAAUCUAUUCCAACGCAGCAUCCACCUCCAGAUCGCCAGACAGGACCUGGAAGACAGGGCCUCUUACCUCCUAAACUGGCACCAGAUGAAGAUGAAAUUUGGAAGCAGAGACGAAGACAGCAAGCAGAAAUUUCAGCAGCAGUGGAGAGAGCCCGUAAGCGGCGAGAGGAGGAGGAGCGAAGAAUGGAAGAACAAAGAAAAGCAGCUUGUGCUGAGAAGCUAAAACGGUUAAAUGAGAAAUUUGGCUGUGUGACCAAACCAUCUCGGGAGGACCCUCUGAAGGAGAGGGAGAGGGAAAGGGAGAGGGAGAAGGAGAGGGAAAGAGAGAGGGAGAGGGAAAAAGAAAAGGAGAGGGAGCAGGAGAAGGAGAGAGAAGAGAGAGAAAAGGAGGAGAAAGCAAAGGAACAGGAGAAGGAGAGAGAAGAGAGAGAAAAGGAGAAAGCAAAGGAACAGGAGAAGGAGAAAGAAGAGAGAGAAAAGGAGGAGAAAGAGAAAACAGAAGAGAAACUAGAGCUUGAGAAGCCUGAGCCUCAAGAACCAGUGCUAGCACCUGUAAUAGUAGAAAAACAAGAAGAAAGUGAAAAUAGCAGUAAUAAGGAAGAGAAAGCAGAAGAACAGCCAGUUUUUACCAGACAAGAUAGUCGGAAUGAAAAAGAGAGUUCACAAGUGGCUCAUGAAAGUGAGCCAGAUUCAGGGUCUCAGCCUCGACCUGCUGUUUCCUCAGGCUACUCUAAACAGUUUCAGAAGUCGCUGCCACCGAGAUUUCAGAGGCAACAGGAACAGAUGAAACAGCAACAGUGGCAGCAGCAGCAAGGGGUGCUUCCACAGUCUGCUCCAUCACAACCUUCCAGUGGUCCUGUCCCUCCCCAGCAUAGACCUCUUUACCAACCCAUGCAGCCACAUCCUCAGCAUUUAGCUUCUAUGGGCUUUGAUCCACGGUGGCUUAUGAUGCAGCCUUACAUGGACCCACGAAUGAUGUCAGGAAGGCCUACUAUAGAUAUGCCUCCUAUGCAUCCAGGAAUUAUGCCUCCCAAACCAUUAAUGAGAAGAGACCAGAUGGAAGGGUCGGGAACUGGUUCAGAUUCAUUCGAACAUAUUGCUCGAUCGGCAAGAGAACAUACUGUACCACUGUCAGAGCCCCGCAUGAUGUGGGGUUCAGAUACUUAUCCCCAUGCAGAACCUCAACAAGGUAGUGCUCCUCCUAAAGUGCUAGAAGAACCUGAGGAUUUGAGGCCUGAAGCACAUUUGGAAGAAGAACAAAUUGCUGUUACCACUGCUUACCCUGUAGAACACAACCAGUUGGAUUCUCAACAAAAGACAGACUUUUUUAGAGAACCAAGUGAGGUGGAUGUACAAAAAUUCCCAAGCAGGUCUUUGGAAGAUGUACAGCCUCUCCAAACUGACAAGCCUAAUCCAGCAGUUAGCUUUGAAGUAGCUGAUGAGAACAUUGCACACAGCUCUCAGGAAGAGCUGGUACCUGUAGGAGAGAGUCAUUCUGCUUUGAAGAGAAGCAUUUCCCAUGGUUCAAGUCAUUCUCUAAAAUCAGAAGAGCAAAAGAAUGAGACAAUACCAAAUGUCCCUAAAGUAAGUAGUAGAUAUGCUGAGACACCAGAAAGACCAGAGAUUAAGCCAAAAAAAGAAGGUUUCAUGAGUAAUAGAACAUCAGAGGGGCCAAAAUCUGAAAAACCUUUCAAGCCUAAAUCUGAAACCAGAUGGGGUCCCAGGCCAGGCUAUGGCAGAAGAGAAGAAGGUAGCGAUAGACCUAUAAGAAGAUCUGGACCUAUUAAAAAACCUGUUCUUCGAGAUAUGAAAGAAGAGCGUGAGCAGAGGGAAGAACGUGAGCAGAGGAAGGAAAAGGAAGGAGAAAAGCCGGCUAAUGAAAAAGCUGGCAAGUCUGAAAAGACAGAAAAGAAGGAGCAGGCACAACUGUCACCUCCCCAGUCAAAGCCAGAAAAGUCCACCCCAGACAGUGCUACUUUAGCUAAAAAGAUACCACAAGAUACGGCUCAGAUUUCAGAAAGUACAGAUAGCAGUCAGCUUGAGUCUGCCAUUAAAUCUGCAGCCCAGAAGCCUUCAUCUGUGGCCCAGCAGCCUUUAUCUUCAGUCCAGCAGCCUUCACCUGUUCAGCAACCAUCACCUGCAGUCCAGUCACCCCCUGUUCAGCAACCUGUUAACACAAUUAAGGAAGAAAAAUCAGAGAGAGCUGUUGGCAAAGAACAUAUUGUAGAGAAACCUCGCCUAGAAACCAGGCCAGUAAAGAGAGAACCUGGUUUACCACCCAGAACGUACUGGAAAGAAGCUCGAGAUAGAGACUGGUUCCCAGAUCAGGGAUAUAGGGGCAGAGGCCGUGGAGAGUAUUAUUCGAGGGGUCGCAGCUACAGAGGUUCUUAUGGAGGACGAGGCCGGGGAGGUAGAGGCCAUAAUAGGGACUGUCCACAUUAUAGAGACACUAAGCCUAGGGCAGAUCAUGUGCCUUUGGGGCCUCUUAGACAGAGAGAAGAAAGUGAAACUCGUAGUGAGAGUUCUGAUUUUGAAAUAGUCCCCAAACGGCGGAGACAGCGAGGUUCAGAAACUGAUUCUGAUAGCGAAGUUCAUGAAAGUGCUAGUGAUACUCUUCUUUCAGACAAAGACAGUUUAAGCAAAGGUAAACACCCAAAGAGAGAGGAGAGAGCUGAUGGCAAGAAACCUCCAAAGCCUCUGCUGUCUUUCAAACCUGAAAACAAUGUUAGAGUCGACAAUAGAUCCCUAGAGAAAACUUAUAUCAGGGAAGAGGAGAAUAAACCAAAACCAGGAUUCCUUCCUAAAGGAGAACCUUCAAGACGUGGCAGAGGGGGAAUGUAUAGACGUGGUGGUAGGGAUCCAGGUGGGCGCCCACCACGACCAUCUACAUUAAGGAGGCCAGGCUAUAGAGACAGUCAGUGGAAUCCAAGGCAAAUAGAGACUAUUAAACCAGAAGAGGAGGAGCCACCAAGAAGACAUGAACACUAUGGUCCUGUGCCCAUUGAUAAGAGACCUCCAAAAUUUGAGAGGAAGUUUGAUCCAACUAGAGAGAGGCCUCGAAGGCAAAGGCCUGCACGACCACCAAGGCAAGAUAAACCGCCACGCUUUAGACGCCUGAAAGAAAGGGAAGCUGCAUCAAAAUUAAAUGAAACAGCAACUAGCUCAUCGAUAAGUGCUACAGUUGUUAAUGCAGUUAAUGAAGCAUCUAGCGCUGCUUUGGAUAUUUCAGGGAGUAAGACACCAGACUUGUCCAAUCAAAAUUCUUCAGACCAGGCAAAUGAAGAAUGGGAAACUGCCUCAGAAAGUAGUGACUUCAAUGAGAGGCGAGAGAGGGAUGAAAAAAAAAUGGCAGAUGUGACCGCACAGGUAGUUGCCAAAGCAGGAGAAAAUGCCAUAGCUCCAAAAAGAGAAAUAUCUAAGCGAAGUUUCUCUAGUCAGCGGCCUGGAAUAGAUCGCCAGAAUCGCCGUGGCAACAAUGGGCCACCAAAGGCUGGAAGGAAUUUCUCAGGGCCUAGGAGUGAAAGGCGUAGUGGUCCUCCAUUAAGAAGUGGGAAACGAGGGCCAUUUGAAGACCAAGCAGGAAGCAUGACCACUAUAGAUCCCACCAUCAGUAAUUCCUUGCAUCAAGAAGAAGGUGGUGGUAAUGCUGUAAUGCAAAAGACCUCCAAGGAUGCCAGUAGCAAAAAGAGGGAUGAGCCCAAAGCAGGUCCAAAGAAACCCAAGGAGAAGGUGGAUGCUCUAUCCCAAUUUGACCUCAACAACUAUGCAAGUGUUGUGAUCAUUGAUGACCAUCCGGAAGUGACAGUAAUUGAAGACUUUCCAUCUAACUUGAAUGAUGAUGGCUUUACUGAAGUGGUGUCAAAGAAACAACAAAAACGUUUGCAAGAUGAGGAGCGCAGAAAGAAGGAAGAACAAACAGUGCAGGUUUGGACCAAAAAGUGUUCAGGUGAAAAAGGAAGAGGUCAGAAUUGCAAGCUUCCUCCCAGGUUUGCAAAAAAGCAGCAACAGCAGGCGGCAGCAGCAGCAGCACAGCAAGUACAAGCUCAGGCACAAGUACAGGGACAGCCUCAGAGUGCAUCGCAGACUCCAAGCCAACCGCAGGCUUCAGUUCAGCCUCAAAACCAGACAACAGGAGGAACAAGCAGCACAGAAUAUACAGCAACAGGAAAAGCUCUGCAGAACACACAGUCUCAUCCUGCUCUAGGGGCUGAAUUAUGGGAAAAUAAAGUGGCAUCAACAACUGUUGUUAAUGACAUCUCCAAGAAAUUGGGACCCAUUAGUCCACCACAACCCCCUUCCGUCAGUGCAUGGAAUAAGCCUUUGACAUCAUUUGGAUCAGCUGCAUCUCCAGAGGGAACAAAGUCUGGACAAGAAAAUGGAGUCGAACUUGGAAUAGAAACGAUUCAAUUUGGAGCCCCAGCUUCUAGUGGUAGUGACAGUGAAGUUGGCCCUGUGCUUUCAGAGAAGCCCACUGACAAAAUACCUGAACCAAAAGAGCAAAGACAGAAGCAGCCUCGGGCAGGACCCAUCAAAGCACAAAAGCUUCCAGACUUGAGUCCAGUAGAAAACAAAGAAUAUAAACCUGGUCCUAUUGGGAAAGAGCGUUCGCUAAAGAACAGAAAGGUGAAGGAUGCCCAGCAGGGAGAGCCCGAGGGACAGGAGAAGCCCAAUCCCACCGCUGUCAGAAGUCCAGACCCUGUUUUGACAAAAGAAACCAAAGCCGCAAAUGAACUGAGUACUGAAAUAGGAACAAUGAUCUCUGUCUCUUCUCCAGAGUUUGGAACAAAUACAAAGGAGUCUGUGACAGACUACACUACACCUUCUUCUCAUCCUAACAAUGUGGCUGCUAGCAGUACAAAAAUGGAGGAGACUUUGGUGACUAAUGUGCCCCUGCCCCACACCCUUCCCCUCCCUAGGAGGGAGACUCUACAACAGAGCUCCAGCCUAACUCCAGUUUCUCCCGCUACCGUGGACCUCACCCUCAAGAUGGAGUCUGCACGUAAAGCAUGGGAGAAUUCUCCAAAUGUGGGGGAAAAGAGUUCUCCAAUAACCUCAACGGCAUCUCCCAUAACUGGAGGUAACAAUGGAAGCAGUAGCAGUGGACCAAGUAGUGGCACUUACAGCUCUUUCUCAAGUGCAUCAAUGCCUCCUAUUCCUGUGGCAUCAGUUACACCUACAACUUCGUUAUCAGGAGCUGGAACAUACACUACCUCUUCACUGAGUACAAAGUCUACAGCCACCUCAGAUCCUCCUAAUAUCUGUAAAGUGAAACCACAGCAGUUGCAGACAAACAGCCUUGCUUCUGCCAGUCACUUCUCCCAGCUUAGCUGCAUGCCAUCCCUCAUUGCCCAGCAGCAGCAGAGUCCACAGGUCUAUGUGUCUCAGUCUGCAGCAGCUCAGAUCCCAGCUUUCUACAUGGACACAAGCCACUUAUUCAGCACUCAACAUGCACGUCUUGCUCCACCUUCCCUGGCUCAACAGCAAGGUUUUCAACCAGGACUUUCUCAGCCCACUUCAGUUCAGCAGAUUCCCAUCCCCAUCUAUGCACCUCUACAAGGACAACACCAAGCCCAACUGAGUUUAGGAGCGGCACCUGCUGUUUCCCAGGCUCAGGAAUUGUUCAACUCCUCCUUACAACCGUAUAGAUCACAGCAAGCUUUUAUGCAAAGUGGUCUGUCUCAACCAUCGCCCGUAGUUCUGUCUGGCACAGCCUUACACAAUUUCCCAACAGUGCAGCACCAGGAACUUGCCAAGGCACAAUCAAGUCUUGCAUUUCAACAGACUUCUAACACUCAGCCUAUUCCCAUCUUGUAUGAACAUCAGCUUGGUCAAGCUUCAGGACUAGGAGGCUCUCAGCUUAUUGAUACUCAUCUUCUCCAGGCCAGAGCUACUCUCACCCAGGCUUCAAGUCUAUAUUCUGGACAAGUUCAACAGCCUGGCCAGAGCAAUUUCUAUAAUACAGCUCAGUCUCCCAGUGCUCUUCAGCAGGUAAACUAUGGCAUGGUGACUGUACCUUUACCAGGCUCACAGCUUUCUUUGCCCAACUUUGGAUCCACAGGACAGCCACUCAUUGCUCUACCCCAGUCCCUACAGCCUCCAUUGCAGCAUGCCCCACCACAGGCUCAGGCUCAAAAUCUGAGUAGGCCUGCACAAGUAAGCCAGUCUUUCAGAGGAUUGAUCCCUGCAGGAACUCAGCACAGCAUGAUUGCUGCAACUGGAAAGAUGUCAGAAAUGGAUCUUAAGGCCUUUGGAAGCGGCAUUGAUGUUAAACCAGGAACUCCACCAGUUACUGGUAGAAGCACCACUCCAACCUCCAGUCCUUUCCGGGCCGCUUCUACAAGUCCUAACAACCAGUCCAAUAAAAUGAACAGCAUUGUCUACCAGAAGCAGUUUCAGUCAGCAGCUGCUGCUGUAAGAAUGACACAGCCAUUUCCUGCACAAUUCGCACCCCAGAUUCUCUCUCAGCCUAACCUGAUCCCUCCAUUGGUAAGAGCCCCACAUACUAACACCUUCCCAGCGCCUGUUCAGAGGCCGCCAAUGGCACUGGCUAGUCAGAUGCCACCUCAGCUGACCACAGGCCUUAUGAGCCACCCUCGUUUACAGCAUGUGGCCAGAGGUCCUUGUGUAUCACUAUCUGGAGUCAGAGGCACUCAGGCCCAGGCUACGAUGAAGGCUGAACAAGACAUAAAGGCGAAGCAAAGAGCAGAAGUUCUUCAAUCCACACACAGGUUUUUCUCUGAGCAGCAACAACCGAGCAAACCAAUAGGAGGCAAAGCUCAAAAAGUGGACGAAAGUGGAAGCAAACCCACUGAGGCAAUGACGGACUCCUCAGGGGUCUGCCAGGACAAAGUGGAGGAAAAGCCCGCCCCUGCGCCUGCUGCCACCACAAAACCUGUUAGAACUGGACCAAUCAAACCUCAGGCAAUCAAGACAGAAGAAACAAAAUCUUAAAGGCUGUGUUUCUAUGAAGCUGGGGUGGCGGGGAGAGAUAUGACAGCAGCAUGAACCCGUAACCCAAAGGGCAAAACAGUGGUCUUCUAUCCCAUCAUGGCUCCAGACAGUAUAAAGGGAGAUAGACUCUACUGGCAUUGACAGACAUAAAGAGCUGCAGGUCCAAUAAAGCUCUCAAUCUCUUUGGGCUUGCAGCUUCUCUAACAUAGCAUGAGGUCUGCCUUUGGUGGAGUGUUUGUAGGUAUAUAGACAUACACAUCUAUAUGCCAUCCAGAUACAUAAUGGGAAAUAGCACAGCAGAGGAGAAGGUGGCUGAAGAGCUGGGAGGAUGAAUACUCUUUUAUUCAUGCUCUGCUGUUCUUUGGCUGCUAUUACAUCUUUUAUAAGCUGUCUCUCUCCAAUCAUGCAGUCUGAAGACAGUGCUGGACAGACUAAGGUGUCUUUAUUUUUACUUUUUAGUGACUUAAGAGGCUGCUGUUUUGCAAUAAAGAAAUGAGAAUUAAUAUAGUUGGCAAGUCACAUAUAGUAGCUUAUCCUUCACCACCUGGCAUCUAAAGUAAUAGAACACAAUUAGUGACAUUGACAUUGUGUCAAAUUUCCCUAAAAAGGCAGUGUUUGACUGCUGUUGCUUUUGGUUGAUAUGAUGUAUUUAGAUCACGACAGUAAAGUGUCGCUUGGCACGCAUGCUACUCUCUCUACACCCAUACCCCCUCAGAUGUUCACCUCUUGGAUUUAAAAACCUAAUUGCAUUAAUAGUCAAAUGAGUUCUGUUCAUCUCUGUUUGGCUAUCCUUGUAUGAAGCCAGUAGUCUUUAACCAGUUUCCAGCUUUUGUCUGUAUAGAGCAAUGAGCACUUAGAACUGUGCUGCUAGAUUAAAGAGAAACUUUAUCAGAGUAAAGAGAACCUUAUCUACAAAGGUGCAUUCUUAUGUCAGAGCUGCAUCGCACCACCUCCUUGCCCACUGUGUGCUGGAAAGUAGAAAUCAAGUCAAAUAAUGCCUUUUUAAUUGUAUCCUCUAUUAUUAUAGCUGUAGGACAGUACUGUAUGAUACUUCUGUGAAUGUAAGAUAUCCUGUACCUGCUUAUGAUAUGUAGUAGUGACUGUGCUAUACCAGAGCUGUUUUUAAUAAUGUUUUCUUCCAGACAAUGAUUGAGAAGCUAAUAAAAGGCACCAGGUACCACAUCAAUAACAGAAUUUGCUGUUUUUUUUCUGGGAUUUUUUGUUUUUUACUCUUUGGAAGGAUGUAUGCUGAAAGUCUAAUGUGUAUAAUUUUGUUCAGAUGACUGCAGAAGCUGGAAAGGCUGUUGCUGCUAUUGAUGCCUAGUGAAUCGCUAUUGGUUAUCUUUUUAUAUAAAUAUAUAUAUAAUUUGAAUUUUUGGAAACUUUAGCUGUGAUGUCAACUUUGGAAAAAAUAUCCCACUUGUACUGUGAGUUGGCAUUGUACAGAAAUUAACAGCCAUAUUGGUCUAGAAAUGUUCAACUUAAUUUUUUUUCCAUUUGUACAGGGGUAAUACACUGUUAAAUAUGUAAGGUCUUAUUUACAUGAGUUUGAUUACAGAAACUAAUAAAGUAUUCUCUAAAUAAA